GGAGUCACACCUGAUUGUUUAAUCAUUCAUCUUGGUCUCCAGUCAGCUAUCAAGUGUUUGCCUCUUGUUUGGCUGGAAUGAAAGCUGUAGGCACAGCGGUGUUUCUGCGGAGUAGACUGAAGAGCCCUGUUUUACAGCAUUCCUCUACUUUCCCCUGAAAAAAGCUAGCGACAGCGGCAGGGACUCUUAUUGUGACACACAGUUCACCCGGAAGUCGAAGAGGAGCUGUUCUAUUUUUUUUUCUUUGCUAUGCUUUAGCUAAACCAGUGUGAAGCAUGUAUGAAGCAUUUUGUAAAGAAAAAUUAUAAUAUUAAAAUAAAAAAUAAAUAAAUAAAAAAGGCGCUGUAGUAGUACUAUGCAGCAUAUAGUUGUGCACUAAAGUAACCGCCAUGUCAGACAGAAAGCGACGGAGAGAAGAGCGAGAGGAAAGACGAGACAGAAAGAGGCUGAAAGACUCUGAAAAGGAGGAGAAGAAAUACAACACACACACUAAAAAACUCAGCCAAGAGGUGCAGAAACUGAAACAUGUGGAGACUUUCUAUGAGAAACCUCCUCCUGGACUUAUAAAGGAGGAAGAAGAGAAACCAGAGGACUGUAUUCCUGAUGUCCCCGGGAAUGAGCACGCCAGGGAGUUCCUGGCUCAUGCACCCACUAGAGGCCUGUGGAUGCCUCUGGGCAAAGAGGUGAAAGUCAUGCAGUGCUGGAGAUGCAAGCGUUAUGGCCACAGGACCGGGGACAGAGAAUGUCCUUUCUUCAUCAAAGGCAAUCAGAAACUGGAACAGUUCAGAGUGGCACAUGAAGACCCGAUGUAUGACAUCAUUAGGGAAAACAAGCGCAAUGAGAAGGAGACGAGGAUCCAGCAGCUGAGACAGCUCCUACAGGAUACAACAUCCGACUCAGACUCCAGCUCCUCUUCCUCCUCCUCCCCCUCCUCUCACCACGCCCAUAAGAAGAAGAAGAAGAAAAAGGAAAAGAAGAAGAAAAAGAAGAAGAAGAAACAAAAGAAGAAUCAGAAGCACGAGUCAAAGUGUAGUGAUAGCUCAGACUGAGAGGAGAAUGUUGUUACUGGUGGCUCUGCUGGGAGAUGACAGGGGCAGCUGUAGAGACCUUUGCUAAGCCACUGAGCUCUGCUUUCUCCCCCCCGCCGCUCUUCCUCCCAUCCUGCUGACUCUGCUUAAUAAUACAUGCAGGCAUUUCAUUUCCCCUGUCAUCAGAAACGGUUUGCUUAUGUGACGUCUCUAUCAGCUCUGUCUCACAUUAGACCGUUGUCAUGUUUGUGCCGCAGGCUUCAGACGGUCCGUGCCUGAAGAUGAUGUAAUGUCAGCUCUGAAUGGGUGUGGUGUAAGAGGAAUAUUGCUCGCUGCUGUAAUGUAUUUAUUGCUUUUUCCUGUCUGAAUGAGUUGAGUUUUGUUCAGAAUUGAUUCCUCGUGGAUUCUGAAAAUGUUUAUUGAUCAAGCAAAGCCUUGCAAUAAUACUGAAUACUUCCCCAAAAUGUUGGAGAUUAUAUUUCUGUAAAUACAUGGAUGAAGUGAAAAUGGUGUUAUUAAAUACAUUUGCAGUGUUU